AUGGAAUGUUGCAUUUCAGGUGUUACUCUAGUCUCGUCCCAACACGCUUGCCACAACGGUUUGAAGUAUGAUCUCAACUCUAACAAUCCACACCGCUGGGUCUUACCGUACGAAGAUCCAUGCGAGUAUGUAACUGUACUCGGCGGAAUGACUGCUCAAAAUGCAUCAUGCCAACAGGGGGCGCCCUUGUAUCUGGAUAAGAUAAUCGUCAGACUGCGUGACAUUUUCGGUUGUCAAUGUUAUCUUAAAGUUUAUGAUGAUACCAAAGAUCGGGCAUCAAUUAGCGGCAUUGAGAGGGAAACAACCAUCUUCUGGGAUUGUCCAGUGGAUUUCUCCAUUAUUGGCAAACCAACUGAGCAAAGUUCGACGCACAGUGUUCAAUUCUCAUCUGACAAGGCUGUAGACGGCAAAGGUGUGAUAGCAACACUAAGGGGAGAUUGCACACACACAAUAAACGAGAUCGACCCUUGGUGGAGAGUUGAUCUUGAGGGUGGGCAUUGCAUCAGGACGAUUACAAUCAUCAAUAGGAUCUACUGUUGCAGCGAGCGUUUGACUGAUGCCGUUGCUAGAGCAGGGAUAGACCCCAUCGUGACCAACAACACCAUAUGCGGGGAACCAGUGACGGCUGAACAGGCUGCACCACGUGGUGGCAUUAUCGAGUUUAAAUGUGACCCGCCGGUGAGGGCGCGCUACAUCUUUGUAGACAUACCGAUAGACACGCCUGCAAUACUCAGUCUCUGUGAGGUAAUGGUGAAAGAAUUUCCCGUUGAAAUUUGUUCACCCUAAAAAAGAAGUGGUAACUACAAGCGACAAAUCACUGACACAACGUGAGGGCUUGAUAUGAAGUGAAUUACAAGUCGUGCAAAUUCAUUGCAUUUUAUUUCGUAAAUAUUAUAAUAGUUUUUAGAGGUUUGAUUUUAAAGUUAAUAACUGUAAUGCCGUAACGCCUUAAACACAUAGUUCUGUGGUAAUUGUAUAACGACUUCUGACAUACUUAGGGAGAUGCAUUGUUUUGUAGAUCCUCGUUACACGUAAAUGCUAUGUUGCCU